AUGAAGUUCGCGCUGGGCUUGGUGUGUCUUUUCGGUGUCCUGGGUGCGUUUGGCUGGGAGCAGCAAAAUGCCACCCAGCGGCUGUUCCGUGCCCAAACCGCUUUCGAGCGGCUACAUCGGGAGCCCCCAAUACGCGGGGGUUCGCGGAAGGCUGGCCCAGUGACUACGAAGUACAUCAUGCAGCGUUUGGAUCAUUUUGACCCCCAAAAUGUCAACACCUGGUCGAUGCGUUACAUGGAAAACGGUGAACAUUAUGCAGCUGGCGGUCCGCUGUUCAUCUACGUCGGCGGUGAAUGGGAAAUCUCCGAGUCGAGCAUCUCCCGCGGUCACGUGUACGAUAUGGCGAUCCAGCUGAAGGGCUACCUGUUCUACACCGAGCAUCGGUACUACGGCCAGAGCCACCCCACAGUCGACUUACGAACUGAUAAACUGAAGUAUUUGAACAUCGAUCAGGCGCUGGCGGAUUUAGCUCACUUCGUCGUAAAUAUGCGCAAAACCAUUCCGGGGGCGGAAAAUUCCGGUGUCAUCAUGAUCGGUGGCUCGUACUCUGCCACCAUGGUGUCCUGGUUCCGGCAGAAGUAUCCGCACCUCGUGAACGGCGCGUGGGCCUCAAGUGCGCCGGUAUUUGCCAAGGUGGAAUUUACUGAGUACAAGGAAAUUGUGUCGGAAAGUAUUCGGUCGGUCGGCGGACGAAACUGUGCCGAACGGAUCGAACGUGCCGUCAAGCAGACGGAACAAUUGUUGGCCAAUGGUGAGUACGGCCGUGUCGCCCAGGAGUUUAGGCUGUGCAGCGAUGUGGACCUUUCCAAGCCGCUCGACAGGAUGAACUUCUUCAGCAGUCUGUCGGAUGAGUUCGCGGGUGUGGUGCAGUAUCACGCGACCGGAGACAUUGAGGGCUUAUGCCGGAUCGUUGAAGACUCCACCAUUGCGGACGAUAUGCAGGCGCUGGCUAGGAUUGUAACGCAAGGCCUGCCGUCGACCAGUUGCAACAGCUACGGUUACAAGGCUAUGAUUGAAUAUUACAAAAAUACUGCGUGGGACCACGGUGCUGCUCAAAGCUCAAUGCGCCAGUGGAUGUACCAGACCUGUGCCGAAUACGGCUGGUACCAGAUUUCGGGUUCACCGAACCAGAUCUUUGGCUCCAGCUUCCCGGUUGAAUUGUUCGUCAAGCUGUGCGGUGAUAUGUACGAUGGACACUUCGAUGAAGGGAGAAUGCAAGGCAACGCAGACAGGACCAACGUCAUCUAUGGCGGCUGGAAUCCGGAAGUGACCAACGUGUUCUUCACCCAGGGACAGCUGGAUCCCUGGCGUGCAAUGGGAAUUCAGGCGGACCUCAACGACCAAUCACCGGGCGUAGUAAUUCCGGGAGCUUCACACUGUGCCGAUUUGAGCUCCAUCUCGGCUGCCGAUUCGGCUGAAAUGCGGGCCGCCAAGGAGAAGAUUCUUGAGCUGGUUAAGAAAUGGUUAGCAUAA